CAAAGUAUAUCUCAGAAGCUAUCAAUCAAAGCAACGAAAAUAGGCAACAAAAAGCAUGGCCAAACACUUGGACACGACCCCUUGUUCUUACCUCUCCUCCUUGUGCUUCACUUGUUCUUGAUAGCCAUGGAAGCCCAACGACGCCUCUCUGUUCUCACUUGUCAUUUACAACCACUCUCCUCUCCUAACUCCAUCAUUUCACUCGCAAAUUCUCAUUCUUCUUCUUCGGAUGAUAAUGAUAUCAACAAAGAUAAUAACCCUUCUGCCUCUUGUGUUUUCUGCAAGAUUAUUUCAGGAGAUUCCCCUGCUUUUAAGAUUUAUGAAGAUGAUACAUGCCUCUGCAUUUUGGAUGUAAAUCCACUCAGUCCUGGGCACUCUCUUAUCAUCCCAAAAGGUCAUUUUUCUUGCCUGGAAGCAACUCCGCCAUCUGUAAUAGGUGCUAUGUGCUCAAAGGUACCAGUUAUUAGCAAUGCAGUCAUGAAAGCAACUGGUUGUGAUUCAUUUAAUUUGCUGGUUAACAAUGGUGCUGCUGCUGGUCAAGUUAUAUAUCAUACCCACAUCCAUAUUAUUCCUCGCAAUGCACGAGAUUGUUUAUGGGCUUCUGAGAGUUUGCAAAGACGGCCCCUAAAGUGUAGUAAGGAAGCUUCAAAUCUUGUGGAGUGCAUCCGAAAGAAAUUGUCAUCCUUAGAAAGCUAUAAAGCUGACAGAAGCGAUCAAGGAUCAACCAGUCUGAUUGGAAACUUGCGGGAACAUUGAUCCCGCCUAAUUGCAUUAGAAUGAACAAGUGCGUUGGUGAGGGCAUAUCCCAGCAAUUCCAUUCUUUUCACCCCUAUUGUAAAACUUGUGUGAAUGAGCUGUAUAUAUUGUCAAUCUGUUUACGAUCUUGCUGUUCUGAUUAUCAAAGUUUCAGAAAAUGUAUUUUACAUGUAUUGAUGAGGAAACUGGAGUGUACAUGGUUUUGUCCGAUCAUGAUUUGUUGGGGAGACUUGACUCAUAAAAUUUUACUAGCUUUGUUUGUUACUUUGGAGAAUACUGCGAGUCAACUUUAUUUUCUCA